AUGGUGGAUAUGCUGCCAAUGCCCAUUGCCCGCGGAAAAUUGACUGCAGUAGGUAGGCUUGGUGCUGUCCCGAUUGCGCGCACCCCUAUUGUACCUCUUGCUCUGUUCCUCAACAAUAAGGAUGGAAACAGAUGCAUCACGUCAUCGAAUAUGCUAGUCCGAGGAAUUUGGAUCGGGAAUGAUUAA